AUGUGGUCGCACGCUGGGGCGUCCCAUACGUUCCUGCUGAAGCUCGACAAGACGACGGUGCGUACGACGCCCGAGGCCUCGCCCAGGUUUUACUUCGCCGAUACGAUAGCACCCACGGGACGUACCUCCUCGUGGCGUGUCAGAUGGAAGGGCGACGAGGCGUUGUUCGUGAUCCUUGAAGAACCUCGGGCGAGCACGCACGAGCGGGACGGGUGCUCGGCUUGCCAGUUCAUCAAUGUUGGCGCCACUUCCUACUUCACGUUCGAGUUAGCCCUCGUAACGCUUCCGUUGACAUCGCCUGAGAAAUCUCAAGUACUCUGCGAAAAACCUCUCAAAUCCAAAGAACGCUCCAUCGAUAGUACGCACGGCCGCAGCUGGACCGUGCGCGCACGUCAGAUCUUCGAAUGCGUCGACGACUCCGACACUGGCAGCUGCUUCUUUAGGAUUACGGUACGAAUCGGCGAUGCGAUCAGGCUGGCCACGGAAGUCGCGCAAAUCAAGGAGGAAAGUGAGGAAAAGCUUCGGGCCUUUAAUGUACAAUACAAGGGUAAGUACCGGCAUCUGGGCGGAUCUGCCACAGCGACUGACAUCGUGCGCCGGCCUCGACCGCAGAAUUUCAUCUGCGCAGGCACCCCUACGACCUCCGCUUCCUCUUUACCAAGACCGGACGCAUCCUUUACGAGUCGUCCACUUUUCUGAAAAACGCUUCAGGUUACUGGGAGGACCUCUUGGGGAGUGGCUUUCUGGAGGCGGAAAAACGCGCCCCCGAUCCACCCGGCGCUCCGGUUCGACGCCUCACCACCGAGGGCAUGGGCACCCGAGGCGACACCGUAACGCCGAACCUCGAAGCGUCGCGGGGAUGCAACGAGCCAAUCCACACGAUCGAGGUUGAAGAAGACGAUUUCGGCCUCUUUGACGCCUAUUAUGGUAUGCUGCAGUGGCUUCGGGGAUGCGAUAUCACAUUCGGCCCCGUGCUCGAGGACGACGUUCGAGCCAUGUUGUCAGAUUCUUCGGUGGCUGCAGAAGGUAUGGCCGUCGAUUCCGACGAAGUUUCAGAAGUCGAGGAUUUGGAGGGCGAAACUGCCGAGGAAGAAGCUGCCGAGGAAGAAGCUGCCGAGGAAGAAGCUGCCGAGGACCAAGAUGAGGCUGCCGAGGACCAACAUGAAGAGGACCAAGGGGAGGCAACGAACCGUCGAGCCUAUACCAGCGGUGACUGCGAGCAUCCGUGCCCUACUCGGCCCGUCGCUCCCGAAGUCUUGUAUCGCCUCGCGGACCGCCUCCGAAUCCCCAAAUUGUGCGAAUUCGUCCGGAAGACCAUCGUCUCUCAACUCAACGAGCGCAACGCGGCGAUCGUGCUCUUUUCCUCGUUGUGCAGCGAAUUCCCCGCCGUCCGAAGCGAUGUGCUCGACUUUUGCGUCAAAAGCUGGAACGCGAGUGUCGCGACUUCGGCGGGGAUGAUCGAGGUGCGCAAGAGGAUCGGCCGGAACGCGCUCGACAUCGGUGCCGUCGAAGCGAGCAUCAUUCUUUGUGAGCUCAACGAUAGAUUGUAA